AUGGAAAUCCCCGCGAUUACGCCCAAAGCGGCCUCCGAGCUGCCUUCAUCCAGCAUUGUCAACACGCCUUCUCCCACUUCCUCUCCCUCAGUCACCCAGAUUCCUUCCGACCAGAUCGACACCGUCUUCGCCCGCACAACCAAUCUCGCUUCAUCCGCUCUCAGUAGCACCGUUCUCUCGUGCUCCAAUGACUACUUCGCCGCAGCUCCGAACUUGCUGAACCCAGGUCCUCCUGUCCACAAACCCGGUGUGUUCGUACACACCGGUGCCUGGUAUGAUGGGUGGGAGACGCGGCGGCACAACCCAGACCCGUAUGACUGGGUGGUGAUCAAGUUAGGAGUUGCCAGCGGAGCCAUCGAAGGCGUCGAGGUCGACACGGCGUACUUCGUUGGGAACUAUGGUGAGAAGGCAGAGCUCCAGGGCACGUAUGCGCCUUCUGGUAGCGGCGUAACGGACGAGGAGAUCGCAAAGGCAGAUUACAAGGGCUGGACAACCAUCCUGCCAGCGCAGGAGUGCGGUCCGUCUCAGCGACGGGCGUGGAAGCUGAACGACUAUGACCCGAAGAGUCCUAAGCCUUACACGCAUGUUCGCCUGCUGAUGUAUCCUGAUGGUGGAUUUGCGCGAUUGAGACUCUAUGGACAUGCAAUCCCUCCCGCACUUCCAUCGGAAACGGCCCUCUCGACCGUUGAAGAGCUCUCGUCGGCACUGGUGGGUGGCCUGGCCCUGUCUGCUUCAGACCAGCACUACACUCCAUGCUCGAAUCUGAUCCUCCCAGGCCGGGGCAAAGACAUGGGUGAUGGCUGGGAAACCGCACGGUCCCGCGCUCCUGGUCACGUCGACUGGGCGAUCAUCCGCCUGGGAUUACCUGGAUCCGUCAGCAAAGUGGUCGUCGACACGAAGGAUUUCCGCGGUAAUUUCCCGCGAACUAUCACAGUCCACGGCCUCGUGGAAGGCAAGGAAGACCCUAGCCACGACCACCCAGGAUGGGUGGAGCUAGUGAAGGGAGAGAAGCCCACCCAGGCUGAUACAGAGCACGUCUUUGAAGGAGACGACCUAGCUGUGGGAGGAGAGGAUACUCGUGUGUUCACCCAUGUCAAAUUGACCCUCAUCCCUGAUGGUGGCGUGAAGCGGCUCCGGAUCUUUGGUCGGAGAGCCAAUGUUGCUGCUUAA